GAAAUUGUGACAGAUUUUUGUGACGGAAUAAAUCUGUCACUAUUUAUGAUGGAAUUGUGAUAAAAUUGUGACAGAAUUUGAAGUUUGUGACGGAUUUGUGACGGAAAAAAAUAAUUUAAUUUUCUUUUGUUUAGCUGAUUUUUAUGACAGAAAAGUGACGGAGUUGUAACAGAUAUUAGUGACGAAUUUAGAUUCCGUAACAAAUUACUUUUUAGUAACAAAAUUGUGACGGAUUUGUCCGUCACUUAUAUUUGUGACGGAACAGGCCGUCACAAAUAAAAAAAUAUGGAUAACCGUCACAAUUCCGUCACAAAGCUGUGACGGAAUUGUGACAAUUAUUCCGUCAAAAAUUAAGUGACAAUUAUUUCAUUUAGGCAAAUCGUAUCUCUUCGUCCUUACUCUUCUCAUUCUAACUUUUAGGGUUUGUGUAUUAUAUGGCCUACUCUUAUCAGUAAUCAUUCCUGAUUAGGCUUAACAAUCUUCCCUACUCUUCGUCCCUACUCUUCUCUCUUCCCUUUUAAAUUGCAUUUUCAUUUUGAGAAAUCCACCAUGGAGCGUUUUGAAUUUGUUAAUCCGUCUGGUCUAUUGCAGCAACACCGUCAUGGAGGUUUCUCGUUUAUUUAGAAGCGUUUCUCGUUUAUUGUUGUUAGGCUAUCAAACUUUUAAUAUUCCGAUGAUGACUCAUUACCGGAAGGAUGGACUGUUAAAGUCAAAGUAACAACCGCUGGUAAAAAGUACAAGAUAUUCGGGAUGACAAGUAAUUCUUCAUAGAUCACCCUGGUGCUGUGCGUAUUACUAUAGCUCAGGUAAAGAUAAGUCUCGUGUUACCAUAAAUACUAUUAUUAUCUUUGCUCUAUUGGAAAUAAACCUGAAUUUAUUAUGCCUUUCUUCUCUAUAAUAACGAGAUCAUUCUAGAUCUUCUAUAUUAUGAUAUGUAUUUGAAUUAGUCAUUAUUAGUGCUAUUUGAUUUUAUGAGCUGAAUGAAAUGAUUUUUGUUUUCAGAUAUGAAGCCUAAUUUCAUAAGGACAACAUCACUAGAAAAAGAAGCGUCAUCAAGAUUACGGCACAAACCACCAGCACUAUCUCUAGCACCACGACAAAAACUACCAGCACUAUCUCUAGCACCACGACAGAAACAACCAGCCCCACCACCAGCCGCACAGCAAGCACCACCAGCAGCCCCACCGCAAGCACAACCAGCAGCCCCACCUCGUGCAACCUCAUCAGCCCCACCACGUGCAGCCUCAUCAGGCCCAUCUUUAGCACCACCAGCAUUUGAGGAUGAUAAUUUAGAGAGUCCUUCUCCUUCUAUAUCAUCAAAUCUAAGUUAUCACGGAUACAAUCGCAUUCCUCACAUACAUGUAGAGGCAAAGAGUUUACUUCCUGACGCCCAUGGUAUAGCUCGAAACAUCGGCUGUGCAUUUCAAGAGAAACAAGAUCCGAGUGGAUAUAGCUGGCUUUUAGUGAACAAGGAUGUAAAGCAAUUCUAUUGGGAAGAUUUUCAGAGAAGAUAUACAUGGGAUCCUCAUGCUGAGAUGUUGAUCAAGACCACUUGGAAAAAAGUUGCAGCAUCCCACUACAAUAAGACACUUAAUAAGUGGAGAGAUAAUUGGAAAAAAAAGAAGCAAAUUCCUCAAGGUGUUAAAGAUGAUAUUUGGGAUACAUGGCUUGCUAGGUGGGAAUCAGAUGAUUGGAAAAAAAAAUCUAAAAAAGCUUCAAAGAAUAGGCUUUCAGAACCUGGUGGUAUUGGCACUGGUAUAGCUAAGCAUACAGGAGGUUCUAGAUCUAUUUUGGAGCAUACCAAAUUGAUGGAAAAAGAGAAUGGUAGAGUGAUGAAUCCAUGGGAAGUUCAUCAAAAGUUGCAUAAGAGAAAAGAUGGAUCAUUUGUUGAUAGCAAAUCAUCAAUUAUUAAUGAUAAGAUGAUAAAUGCUGUAGCUAUCGCUAGUCAGCCACAAGAAGAUGGGAGUGUGCCAGAAGUUGAUAUUCACUCGCUUUAUUAUGAUGUUGUUGGCGGGGCAAAAAAGAAGCAAGUGUAUGGAUUAGGCUCGCAGGCAUCAGUGUUUUAUCCGCAUAGUUUUUCCUCUACUUCUUCUGGAUAUAAAUCAGAUGAAGAGCACAUGAAGCAGAUGAUAGAGCAACAUUUUAAUGAUCAACAACAACAUCUUACGAAGCAGCUAGACACUUUACGUGAGCAACAAGAAUCCUUACGUAAGCAUCAAGAUGCAUUGCAGCAGCAACAACUUGAUUUAGCUAGAAGAGAGCAAGGAUUACAUGAUACUUUGCAGCUAGAGUUGGCUGAAAGAGAAAAAAGACUUCAGAAUACAAUGCUACUUCAGAUGCAAGAGAUGUGGAAGAAUAUGCAAAAUGGUAAGCCACCUAGCGGAGGGGCAUAGAUUUGAGGAUCGCAGGUCAUCUAGUUUUCUUUCUUAUUUUUAUUAUUAUGUUGUUUCGAUUGUACUUAUAUACGUUAAACUAUAAUGUAUUGAACAUACGAAUUGACUUUAAAUUUCAAUAUUAAGUUGUAUCAA